AUGAACGCAGCUAGGGCAAAGAGUGUGUAUACAUUGGUGAAGAAGGGCGUGGUGUGGACUACAAAUCACAAAAGGAUGAGUCUUGUAGGAGGUUUAUGCGAGGUGUGUGUGUGUUCAGCAGAAGAAGCCUUUACCUUGUAUGAAACAUGCAAGGAAACACUGAAAGCCAAUGCAGGCUCCAUUUCCAGCAGAUGCAGUUCCCUGUUCUCAGUGGCUGUUGAGUGGAAACUUCUUCCAGAGGAAGUGGAGUCAGAGGUGGGCUGCAGCCGACUGCAGCUGUUCAGCCUGGCAGGAGGAGCCAGCCAGACUGACCUCAGAGGAGUCAACCCACUGAUGAAGGUUGUGGACCGAAUCCAAUGUGAAGCCACAACAAGCGACAAACUGCUCCACAUCCUCCUAAACGAUGCCUUAACAGGAAACAGUAGGACGGUCCUUAUUUACUGCAUCCAGCCUCAAGGUCUUCUAGAUGAUGAAACCCCCUCUGCUUUAGCUUUGGCCCAGAAAGCGAGAAGUUUGGUGACGAAGGCCACCGCCAUUCGCUGGUGUCCAAGGGCAACUGAGCAAGAGAUCAGAGAUAACAUCACUGCGAUAAGAACCAGGAUGAUGUCACAGGGGGAAGAUGAAGUUCACAACACCUACAGGCUAGCAGAGCUGACCCAAAACCUCCAGAUUGUGAAAAAUCAGUCAUGGGAGAAGAGGAGGGAAGAGUCAAAGAAGAUAAAAGGGAAAACACAGAGUUGUCGGACCCCAAACAGCAAUUGGCACAGCAGCGAUAAUAGUGAGGGUACAGACACAAUGAAAUAUUUACAAGACCAGCUGAAACAAGAAAUGGAAGAACAUAUCAGAGAGGGUAAAGGAAAUGUAGAGAAAGUCCAGGAAAGAGUAGCAAGAAUCCAGGAGCUAAGGGAGGCUCUCAGAGAGGAGACACUGAAGAACGGGGCUGCUACAGAGAAAUCUGACCUCUGCCAACAAUCUCAGUUGGAAUACAACAAAGCACAAGAACGGAGGAGGCAACUUAAGGAGGACCGUGGGAGAUUAAUUCAGGAGGAGGUGGAGAAGAUGGAGAGAGAGUUGGCACAGGAACAGCUACCGACGGAAGGCUCCCAGAGAGAGCUGCUGGUGCUAACCAGAGAGAGGCACAUCCUGGUGCUGCAGAUGGAGGCCCUGCGCGCUGAGGCCCAGCAGGCUGAGACAGACCUGCAGAAUCAAUACCACAGACACCAAACAGAGCUGCAUUGUCUAAGAGAAGAGAGCCUGCAGGUAUUCAGAGUGUUUCAUCAGGUAAGCGAGGAGCAGAGGAAGAUGUCAGAGGGCAGAUACAGAAGUGUGCUGCUGGAGGCUGUGCAGGAUGCCGUCUACCUGUCUGCCCAGAACCAGCAGCUGCAGGCUGACAACAAACAACUCCGUAAAGCACUGGGAGAGUUAAAGGAUACUCUAUCUGUGCGAGGUGAUCCUAAGACUGAACUGCUAUCUCAACAACAAUGACUAAACAAUGUUUAUGAAUCUGUUUGCUUAAUGUAAAUCAUGAGAAAUAAAACUGUUCUUGACAA